AUGGCCGACUCUGAAUACAACGCCGAGGAGGCUGCCGCCCUCAAGGCCAAGAGAUCCUUCAAGAAGUUCACCUACCGUGGUAUCGACCUUGACCAGCUCCUCGACCUCUCCUCCGAGCAGCUCCGCGAUGUCGUCCACGCCCGUGCCCGCAGACGCUUCAACCGUGGUCUCAAGCGCAAGCCCAUGGGUCUGAUCAAGAAGCUCCGCAAGGCAAAGCAGGAGGCCAAGCCCAACGAGAAGCCCGACCUCGUCAAGACCCACCUCCGUGACAUGAUCAUCGUCCCCGAGAUGAUCGGUUCCGUCGUCGGUGUCUACUCCGGUAAGGAGUUCAACCAGGUCGAAGUCAAGGCCGAGAUGGUCGGUCACUACCUUGGUGAAUUCUCCAUCUCAUACAAGCCCGUCAAGCACGGUCGCCCCGGUAUUGGUGCUACCCACUCUUCCCGUUUCAUUCCCCUCAAGUAA